GAGAGAGAGACAGAGAGAGAGAGAGAGAGAGAGAGAGAGAGAGAGAGAGAGAGAGAGACAGAGAGAGAAGGAAAGAGAUAUAUACAGAAAGAGACAGAAAGAGACAGAGAGAGAAAGUGACUAUUAUCUACUCUAUACCUCCAUAAUUAUUCUAAUGAUGUCAGACUGUACCUGGGGCAUAAUAUCUCUGACUUUAACCUCUCUGCUUCUCUUAAUUUCUGUGUGUCUCAAUCUCACCUGCUUUCUGAGACACAGGGACACCAGACACAAAGCAGGCAACGAGGAGUUUCUCCCCCAGCAGCAUUAUCCAAGAGAGCGUGAAAUGCAGGAGGAAGAGGAGGAAGAGGAGAAUCAGCAGCAGGAGAAUCCCAUCUACGGAAACAUCACUACAGACCUGUGCUAUGAACCCAUGACCAAGCAACGUUCCAGAGACGACAGAAAGCCUGCGCCCCAGACCUACCAUACCGACCUGAACUAUGCUUCUCUGGACCUGAACGUGGGACAGAUACCCAAGAAGAGGAAGCGUCACUACCAGCAGGCCCAGGUUCAGGCCCAGACUGUGCACGAGACCCAGAUGGGUGGGGGUUUCCUGGAAAUAGAUGCAGAGAUGGAGGCCUCCCUCCCCUCACGGAGUAGCAGCCCUCUGGCUUCCAGAAACAGCAUCUACCUCAACAGUCUACAGAUGGCACUAGAGACAGAGGAGAGGGAAUAAAAGAGAGCCAAUGAGAUGGGGAGGGAGAUGGAGGAGGAUAGAGAGUGGGAUGGAGACAGGAAGUGGGAGAGGGGGAGAAAGAUACAGUAGGUUAUGAUGUAGGGAUGGAGACAGGAAGUGGGAAAGGGGGAGAAAGAUACAGUAGGUUAUGAUGUAGGGAUGGAGACAGGAAGUGGGAAAGGGGGAGAAAGAUACAGUAGGUUAUGAUGUAGGGAUGGAGACAGGAAGUGGGAGAGGGGAGAAAGAUACAGUAGGUUAUGAUGUAGGGAUGGAGACAGGAAGUGGGGAGAGGGGGAGAAAGAUACAGUAGGUUAUGAUGUAGGGAUGGAGACAGGAAGUGGGAAAGGGGGAGAAAGAUACAGUAGGUUAUGAUGUAGGGAUGGAGACAGGAAGUGGGAAAGGGGGAGAAAGAUACAGUAGGUUAUGAUGUAGGGAUGGAGACAGGAAGUGGGAAAGGGGGAGAAAGAUACAGUAGGUUAUGAUGUAGGGAUGGAGACAGGAAGUGGGAGAGGGGAGAAAGAUACAGUAGGUUAUGAUGUAGGGAUGGAGACAGGAAGUGGGGAGAGGGGGAGAAAGAUACAGUAGGUUAUGAUGUAGGGAUGGAGACAGGAAGUGGGAGAGGGGAGAAAGAUACAGUAGGUUAUGAUGUAGGGAUGGAGACAGGAAGUGGGAAAGGGGGAGAAAGAUACAGUAGGUUAUGAUGUAGGGAUGGAGACAGGAAGUGGGGAGAGGGGGAGAAAGAUACAGUAGGUUAUGAUGUAGGGAUGGAGACAGGAAGUGGGAAAGGGGGAGAAAGAUACAGUAGGUUAUGAUGUAGGGAUGGAGACAGGAAGUGGGAAAGGGGGAGAAAGAUACAGUAGGUUAUGAUGUAGGGAUGGAGACAGGAAGUGGGAGAGGGGAGAACGAUACAGUAGGUUAUGAUGUAGGGAUGGAGACAGGAAGUGGGAGAGGGGAGAAAGAUACAGUAGGUUAUGAUGUAGGGAUGGAGAUAGAGCUGGAGACAUGAGCUGUUCCUAGGGUCUGCUGACCUGUAACAUGUGACUGGGGUUAGAGGUCAGGGAGGAAGAACAACGGUUCUAAAUGUGAACUCAAGCACUCUAUUAGGCAGAGAGAGCGAGAAAGAGAGAGAGAGGACUGGUGUUCUUUUAAAUAUAUUUAUUAUUUAACUAGGCAAGUACAGGUAUAGAGACAUCAUACUGACCUACUUUAACCUCUAGUCAAUAUGUUAGAAUCAGACUUUAUAGAGAAAGGGGCUCCCACUGCAUAAACUGCAUAAAUGUAUAUUAUUAUUAUUAUUAUUAUGAUAUAUUUUUAUUAUUACUAGUAUUCGUAUAUACAGUAUACAGUGCAGUCGGAAAGUAUUCACGUAAAAAUAAAAAUACAUUGAUUUGAUUUGAUUUGUAUUCAGACCCCUUGACUUUUUCCACAUGUUGUUACGUUACAGCCUUAUUCUAAAAGUUUUUUUUUUUAAAUCCCUUCAUCAAUCUACAAACAAUACCCCAUAAUCACAAAGCAAGUACUGUUUAAAAAAAAAUAAUUAACAGAUGUAUAAAAAAUAAAAAUCUGAAAAUCACAUUUA